AUGAACUUUUGUAAAAUUCAAGCGAAGAGAAAAACUGUUUAUGUGUAUGAAUAUGGUGAACAACUAAAUGGGUUGAAGCUAACUUAUAAUCACCACGGGCACAUAUCACCGCUAGAAAAUUUAUAUACUCAUGUAAUUCCUGACUCGGAACUGAAAAACAACCUGGAAAAGAAUAUUACUUAUUUAAAAGUGAAAAGUGUGAAUCCCGUAUCUGAAGUCCAAGUAAUCUACACGCCCCAGGAACAGAAAGUUGUGAAUUUCUUUAUUAAAAAUCCAAUUGCUAUCACAGAGUACAUCAUACUUGCUUACGCUAAAGAAAGAGAGCACACACCUUUUUUUUUAAAUUUAAUUACAAACUAA